UUAAACUAUCAAUUUUCACAGUUUACACAAUGGGAGAAAUGAAAGUGACAGGCAAUUGCCUAAAGGGAUCACGUCCAAUUCUCUCCUUCGAUGAGAACUUUUCAAAAAAUCCUCACUACGCCCUCCUGCGAGAGUUGUUCACCCAGAUAUUUGGUGUGCCCAACCACCACCCCAAAAGCAAGCCCUUCUUCGACCACAUCUACACAUUCAGCGUCCUGGACAACAGGAUAUACUUCAGAAACUACCAGAUCCUGACUGAAGAUGGAGGAUUAGCAGAAAUAGGUCCCAGAUUUAUUUUAAAUCCAGUGAAAAUAUUCGCCGGGAGUUUCGGGGGAGAAACCCUCUGGGACAACUACUUUUACAUCUCUCCAGCGAAGUAUCGUCAAGCCGUCAAUAAGAAAGCUGGUGGAAAGUAUAUAAAUAGGCUCGAGCAGAAGACGGCACAGAAGGCGCACAAGCCUGAGGUCUCGUAUGCGUUUAAUCCAUUGGAUGACAUAUUUAAAUGAGAACCAUUGGUGAAGGCCCCACUCCGGGGCAAUCCCCGGACGCGCCACUCAACGCCAUUUUUAUGUCCCCAAAUAGUUUUUUUCAAUUUUUGGGUGUAGGAUUCGUUUGUUGGAGUCUGACAAUCACAAACGAUAAAAGUAGUCUGACAAUCACCGACUAACGACUGUCAAACGACCUGUCUAAAUGACAUAGUUAAUUGUCAUUAAUGAGUAGCCAACGGCACACAGCGUCACGCAUGGCGUCCCGAGGUACUUGUCGACGGUUUCGGUCAACGAGGAAUCGACUUAGUAGAAGUUCACGUCAAUAUUAGUAAUGAUCCCGGCGGUGGGAGGCGCCACCGUCGAUUCUGGCGGCCGGCGGCGACAGAAAGUUUCAUAUAUAGAUAGCGGACGGGUGAUUUCCUUCUGCAUCGUAAUGAAAAUUACAAUACAAGGAUGAUUUUAUAUCAAUUAUUUAUUUUUCCAUACAAAUUAUAAACAUGUUUUACAAAUACUGUACAUAUACUGAAUUCUAUUAUACUUUUAAACCUCUAAA